CUUUGCCAUAAUUGCAAGGCGAGUGUACAGCUAAGUGAAGCGACAUCGUUAAGGCUGCGAAACAUGUCGAGUUAUGACGUGGAUCUCUACGAAAGCAUGCGACAUUUGUACAGACGUUUCUGAUAGAUGCGGCAACAACCAUAAGACCUGAUCCGCUGCGGUACGAAAUCAAACAAGGCCGUUGCUAUUUGCUAUUCCCGUACUCAUGGCAAAAUUAGGUUAGACUCCAAUCCUAGAGAAAAUUGGUACAGGCGUUUUCCUUGCUCGAAUUGACAUUGUGUGUACGGCUUGCUAUGAUGUGCUGUGUACAGCUUGCUAUGACAUAGGCCGGAAAAAAGAUAGAAUCUCAGCCAAUAGGUAGUUUGGCGUCUACUUUCUUGUGUGACGACGGAAUGUUUAUUUGACAGUGAGUGUUCGCGCACGUCACGGCGCAAAAACGUCCCACCAUCCUCAUUCCUUCGAAGAGCAUGGCACGUAUAUCUCUGACCAGGCGACCCCGUGAGACACGAAAACUUUGCAAUAGCAAUGGUGUUUGGGUCGUCAAGGUGACGCCGUGUGUGGCGAUUAGUCUAGUGGGGUUAAUCGUCCUGUGCUUGAUAGUGUCUGGUCUUUCUUGGUGGAACACUUCGUAUCCGACUCUAGAGUAUGAGUUUUCUCAUUGUGCCACAAAUAGAAUAAGACGGUCGAAAAGGUCAGUGGCAUCACAACCGUCAGCACCUUCUAUCGCAUUGGUCGAUCGUGACGCCGACGAGCGGUCUCUGGUCCAGCCUCGGGCCUUUUCGUCCUGGCCUCGUCAACGGCCACUCCCAUGCCCUCCCCAAUUCGAAUUGCAGGAAGGUGGGGAGCUUCGCGAAGGCUUUCUGUACUUACGCCCAUUCAAAGCGGCUUCUACUACCACACAAAGCGUCCAUUUGCGUGUGGCUCGCAACGUGGCGUCGCGGCAAACCGAAUCACAACCGCGACCACCUUUUUGUCAGGUCUCCGCCGGGCACGGUCCACAACCCUACCCAGCCGUCUCCAUGUUCGGAUCGCGCAAUCGACAACGAUCCUUUUUGUGGAGCGUCAUUCGAGAUCCCACCGACCGUGCCGUCAGUCAAUUUUUCUACAACAAGGUAUUUCGGCAAGAAAAAGCCGCGACGGCGGAGAACCUCGUCGCAGAUUUGUCGACCGACACGGGCACGAACCGACCCAAGAAUUACUACAUCCGAUCACUCGCCUUGACCGAAUUCCGUACGGACGUGGAUGACCCCGUAGCGUUCGUCAACGCUAUUCUGGACGACUACGACUUUAUUGGUACCGCCGAACGUCUCGACGAAUCGCUGGUAGUGUUUCAGAUGCUGCUGCGUCUACCGCUGGCGGAUAUUCUGCACGUGGAUUCCAAAAUUAGUGGCAACCGAACCGGAUCGCGCAAGAUACCACCGUAUACGCUGGUCAGUCAUCCCACAGGAUGUGUGUACACGGGUGGGAGUAAAACGGUGACCCGGGACAUGCGUGAUUACCUGGAAGGUCGGGCGUGGAACGAUUUGAUUCGGUACGAGCAAAUCUUAUACAAUGCCGUGAAUGCUUCGUUGGAUUCAACGAUUGAGGCACUAGGACGGAGAAAAUUUGAAGAGAAUCUCGCACGAUACCGUAAAGCCACCGAGCGGGUUCAGAACGAGUGUAGUACCCGUAUUCGACUUCCUUGCGACGCCGAGGGGGAGCUUGUAGAGCAUACGGAUUGUAUGUUGAAAGACAUGGGGUGCGGGAUGGAUUGUCUGGAUCGCGUUGCUACCGAAAUGGGUUUGUGGUAA